AUGUCAUAUUUGAACAAAGAAGGCACCAGCAAUGCCACAGCCCACACUGCGGACAGAUCCCAAGCGGCUGAGCCCACCACCAUCAACUCAGAUGGCAGUGCUGAUGGAUUGGCAAAUCAAAAGAAUGAGUCACCUACGGCAAACGAUGUUCUAUCAACGAAGGAGGGUAAUGAAACUAAGGGCAAGGAGUCAAGUCUUCCAGAAAAUAAUCAGCAUGGCCACGUGAAAGGGGUUGGGCCACCCGUAGCCGUUGAAGAACGACAUGAAAAUCCAGCAUGGGAGAAAUACAUAUCGUCACCAGAGCAACAGCGAGCUGUGAGUCCCACAGACGCUCAAAAGAACGACAAUCUGGAAGACACACCGUCGAACAAAAUAGUAUAUCUUAGCAACGACGACCUGACGCUAUUUACUUCAUUUCCGGAAACCAAGAUUGAAACGCAUCUGUUUGACAUAAAACCAUUAGCAGAGGAACAUUCAUCGGCACCUCCAACGCAAGACCAUGAGAGCGAGACGUCGACGAUAUCAAAGGCAUCCAUCGAUGCAGACCAAGAAAAUAAGAAUGAGGAUGGCUUUGAUCGUGAAAAAGGACUAUUUGGCAAAAAAGGAUUCUUUGUUCAGAAACGGCGAUGGAUGUGCAGCUCAUGCACACGGUCUUCUAUUGUCAUUGUAUUGUUCGGCCUUAUUGUCUGCAUAUCGAUCACUCUGGCGUUUAUUUGGCCCCGACUCCCUCUACUGCAAAUCCAAGGUGCCUCUCUGGUUGUAGGUCCGACUGUCACCUAUAAUCCUUCUGCCACCACCUAUAUGGCAUCGUGGGACCUAGAUAUUGCCACUGAUAAUCGAAACAACUAUGUUCCUGUUACGGCUGUUGUCAUAGACACGUUCGUACGACAUUCACUGACCGGUACCAUCUUUGGUCGUGGCCAACAAAGCAAUGUCGUGUUGAGGCCGGUCUCUCAAUACAAGAUGACGCUGCCCAUUGAUAUCAAUUAUCAAGCCAAGCCCGAUGAUGCUGUGAUGAACCAGAUAUUGGCUUCCUGUGGUCCAGGCCCAAAAUCAAACACCACUCAACCACUGGAAGUUGACUUUGGAAUCACCAUUCAUAUUUGGGGUCUAAGUUAUUUUGGAUACACCCCUACCAUUACUCUAACUCCACCUGCUGGAGGAUUUAUGUGUCCCUUCAGCGCAACUUAA